AUGUGGCUACCUCACGGGAAGCUGGUUUUGGCAAGUUUCUUUAUUUUCAUCCAGUGGGCAUUAUGCCGGGUGGUUGAAUAUAAUCUUACACUCACGUGGGAGGACCUCGAAGUUGCUGGGAUCACCCGAAAGGCCGUUCUCAUUAACGGCCAGUUCCCCGGCCCUCCACUGCGGUUGAAGCAGGGAGAUAAUGUAGAGGUCAUGGUGACUAACAAUAUGCCUUUCUCAACUACCAUUCAUUUCCAUGGUAUCCGACAGCAAGGUACCCCUUGGUCUGAUGGAGUUCCCGGCCUUACUCAAUUACCUAUCGGGCCAGGGAGCCAAUUUUUAUACGCCUGGAAAGCCGACGACUAUGGUACCUAUAUUUACCACUCUCAUGAAGCGGCCCGUAUAGACGAUGGUCUUUAUGGCGCCAUCUACAUCGAGCCCGCAGACAAUAUUGAAAAGCCAUUCUCGAUAAUCACCACAGACGAGGUCGAGUUGGAGUUUCUCAAGAAGGCGGAGCAGAAUACCCAGCCGGUAAUUCUCUCCGAUUGGCGGCGUUUCACUUCGGACGAGAUUUGGUAUAUCGAGGAACAGUCUGGAGUUGAAAGCUACUGCGCUAGUUCCAUACUCGUGAAUGGCAAGGGUUCUACGUACUGCCCACCGCAGGAGCAAAUCAAUGAGCUCACCCGACCGGAACUGAAAUCUUUACUGAAAGGGGGAAACAUGUCCGACAUGGGCUGUUUGCCUCCAAUUCCUUCACGCCUAGGUUUCUUUUCCUUCAACAUAAGUAAUAUUCCCCAAGGAUAUUACCAAGGCUGUACGCCAGCUGUUGGGGAGACUCAGGUGUUCUCAAUAGAUCCUGCCUGGCGGUACGUUAGCUACGACCUGAUAAACAUUGCCGGAAGUUCUUCGCUGGUAUUUUCGGUUGAUGAACACCCGCUGUACAUUUACGCAGUUGAUGGUCGAUAUGUCGAGCCAGUACUUGUCGAUGCACUGACCAUUCAUAUUGGAGCCCGGUAUUCCGUCAUGGCCAAACUUGACCAGGCUGCAGGUAACUACACUGUUCGGAUUGCAAAUAGCUACGCGAAUCAGAUCAUCAACGGGACUGCAGUAUUGUCAUACGAAGCCCCAAUUGAGCAGGACUUCGUAUCACAGCCAUACAUCACGGAGAUAGGGACGGCUGUCUCACGGCAAACAUCAAUCCUGGAUGAAAGUAAUCUGGUCCCAUUUCCGGCAAUACCACCAGCGUCGGACGUGGACCGCACAUAUAUUCUGAACAUUCAUAUGUACAACGCAUCAUAUCGCUGGGUACUGGGAAAUGACAGCUUUCCUCUGUCACUAGAGCAUCUAUCGACCCCUGUGCUCUAUAACAUCAGUUCAAUACCAGUUCAAUAUACCCUCCCAACAUUGAACGACACGUGGGUCGAUAUCAUAUUCAACGUCACAGUAGACGAACCUCAACAUCCUUUGCAUAAGCAUUCGAACAAGUUCUUUGUGAUUGGAGAGGGCACGGGCCCAUGGACGUACUCCUCCGUGGCUGAGGCAGUUGAACAUAUCCCAGAAAAGUUCAACUUCGUGAACCCGCAGAUCAGGGAUACAUAUCCCACGCCCAACUCUCGAGAGGGUGGGGCUUGGCUCGCUAUUCGAUAUUAUGUGGAGAACCCGGGACCCUUUCUCUUACAUUGUCAUGUUCUUAUGCACCAAGUUGGUGGGCUUGAUAUAGCUUUAUUGGACGGCAUUGACGCAUGGCCGACAGUCCCCGAGAAUGUUAAUCUGCCAUAG